GUUAGCACGUGUGUAUGUGUCAGAGCAGGGUUCAGUAAACACACACGCACAGAGAAGUGUUAGGGAACAUGUGUGUGUUUAUGUGUGUAAAAAGCGACAUGACUUCAUUUAACAGUUUGUGUUGACUCAAACCGAGGAGUCAUGACAGCUAGCGGCUAAGCUAACCGACCGAGCUCAGACACUUUUCACUGUUCCUGAUGCAAUAAUGGCUGAUGCAUUCAGCAGCAGCUCGGAAACAGUGCUCCAGCGAGUUGUAGACUGUACAGUGAAGACAAAUACUUCUCCAGAGAAACUUGAGGAGUUGUAUCAGAUAAAGAAAACCUGCAACUUUAUCAGUCAGCAUCAAUUCCAAAAGGUUGCUCUGCAGUUUCCUGAUGAGCUGUUGGUGGACUCCAUCACAGUGGCAGCAGAGAUCGAGAACCACAGUAAUGCCAAGACGUUCAUUUUAGGAGAUACAUCCUAUGGCAGCUGCUGUGUGGAUGAGGUGGCUGCAGAGCACGUAGGAGCAGACUGCAUUGUGCACUAUGGCAGAGCCUGCCUGAGCCCCUCUAAAAGGCUGCCCCUGAUGUACGUGUUUGAGAGAAGACAGCUGGACGUGGAAAAGUGCGCCUCUGCCUUCAGAGAACUCUUCCCUGACACACAGAGUAACAUCAUCAUCCUCUAUGAUGUCAACUAUGUUCAUGCGAUUGGCGAUCUUCUGGAACUUCUGUCUCCGGAGUAUCCAAACCUCGUUGCUUCAGAUCUCGUUGUCGAAGGGGAGCAGUGUUUCAGUCACAGCCAGAUCAAAAGAAAACAUUAUGAUAAUUGUCUGUCAGAACAAGAUAACAGACAGGUGAUUUGUCAGUUUGGGAGGCAAUUCACCUUGAACAGUGGUUCAAACCUAACAGAUCACAGUAUAUUCUACAUUGGCCAGGAAGGAGCAACGCUGCGAAAUUUCAUGAUGACCUGGAAUCGCUGCUCAUUUUUUUCUUUUGACCCAGUAACUAUGAUGGGUAGGAAGGAGUCAGUAAGCAUCAACCGUGCGCUAAUGAAGCGCUAUUACGCUAUUGAAAGGGCCAAAGAUGCCAGUGUGGUUGGUAUCCUGGUCGGUACACUGGGGGUGGCCGACUACCUCACCAUAAUCCAGCAGCUGAAGGAGACCAUCGGCAGGGCUGGCAAGAAGAGCUAUAUGUUUGCCAUGGGUAAACUGAACGUGCCCAAACUUGCAAACUUUCUGGAAAUUGACAUUUUUGUGUUAAUUGCUUGUCCGGAGAACUCACUGUUAGACUCAGGUGAGUUCUUUAAACCUGCAGUGACGCCGUUUGAGAUGGAGGUGGCAUGCAACAAGAACAGGGAGUGGUCAGAAGAAUAUGUCACAGACUUUCGACAUCUCCUACCAGGUGGACAGAGUCAUGUGCCUUUGGCUGAUCAGCAAGAGGAGGGCGACGAGACAGAUGUGUCUUUAAUCACUGGAGCUCUACGGAGUCGCUGCGUGUUGAACAGUGAGCCUGCAGAGUCCUCACAUGGCUCAUCGGUGGUCCUGAGGAACCAUACGCUAAUCGUAGCCAACACAGACUCGGCUGCAUCAUUUCUGGCAGGACGAAGCUGGCAUGGCUUAGAGCAGAAGUUGGGAGAGACCCCUGUGGUGAAGGCAGUAGAGGGCAGGAGAGGCAUAGCUAUUGCCUAUGAAGAGGAAGGAACGUCUUCAUGA